UCCUACUCCGCGCGGCAAAAAACCACCGGAGAGCGGAGCAGAUAAGGCCGCCGCGCGCACCCGCCCCCGACCCGCCGCCCGCCGGCCAUGGUGGUCGGCAUCGCCGCCGGCCUCGCCCUCGCGCCAGGCGUGCCCCGCGCCGUUUCCUGCGGCGGCCACGCCUCGGCGCGUUCCCCGUCGGCGCGGUUCCUGGCCAGGCGGCCGCGGCUGGUGGUGGUGGCGCGGUACUCCUCCUCCUCGUACGAGAGCGACGAGGAGGAGGAGGAGGAGGGGUUCGGCGGCGGAGGAGGUGGGUGGGGGAGGAGGGACCGCGGCCCCGACCCUGACUACGACCCCGCCCUCGACAUCGAGCGUAUCGAGUCUUCAACGGUUAGGCUAUUGGAUGAACAGAAAAGAAUGGUUGGCGUGGUAUCUGUAAGUGAAGCAGUGCGGAUUGCUGAUGAAAAUGAUCUUAUACUGGCAAUAUUAUCACUAGAUGGAGAUCCUCCAGUGCUCCGACUAUUUGAUGAGAAAGAUUACAAAAAGCACAAGUACGAACAACAGAAGAAGAAAAGAACUCAGCAGAAAAGAUCUGUUGCAAAACGCAUGGGCUUGAAAGAGCUGAAAAUGGGGUAUAACAUUGACAUUCAUGAUUACAGUGUGAGGCUUAAAGCAGCAAGGAAGUUUCUUAAAGCUGGUGACAAAGUCAAGAUAAUGGUGAACUUGAAAGGCCGGGAAAAUUUGUAUAAAAAGCAAGCUAUUGAACUUAUUAGGCGGUUCCAGAAUGAUGUUGGUGAGAUGGCAACAGAAGAAAGUAAAAAUUUUAUGGAAAGGAAUAUAUAUGUUGUUCUUGUGCCCAACAAGGCAGCUAUACAAAAAGAACAGGAUGAGCUGAACAAAAAGGAUAUCGCGAUAGAAGAUUCCGACCAAUCACAGGACCAACCAGAGGAGACUUCUCAGGAGAGUAAACCCGUGCCAGAACAAACGGAGGAAAGCAAGGAGUCUGAGGCUGAAGUCUCAGCAAAUGUUUGAUUGUGCCGUAAAGUGCUAGGAUGUCUUUGUUGAUUUUCUUAAGUAGUUUAUCUACUGUCCUGAUGCCAUGCAGGUACAGUUAAUGCAGUUGCUGCCGUUCUUGUAAAUGCAAGGCUGGGGCUGUUGUAGUAGUACCCAACGCAUGUAGAUUUGCCCGGACGGUCAGAGUCAGACAGAACAAGGAUCAAUGCUGUCAAGAAGAGAAGCUGAAAGCCGUCAUUGUAGCGGUCCAGAAUGAUACUUCCCCGAGCCGUAAAACAUCAUGAAUUGCACAGAUGAAGCUGGCUGCGAAUCGUGCCACUGGAAUCAUGAAAUCAAUACCAGGUUGCUUGUAGCUCUACCUCGCAGAGCUGUGUAGUUGAUAUUUUGAUCACACGAUUUUGUUUGUACGUUUGCUUCGUUUCCAGUAUUGCUGUAGAGUUACUGGAAGAUUAAUUUUUCCAGUAUUGAAAUGCUUACUUCGGAUUCCGACCUUUGCCUACAACAAGAGCCUGAUAAGGGAUGACACUCCAUUUUUCUAUGCAUGAGAAGUACCAACCUCUUUCUGUUUUGAACUGACUGUCACGAGUCAAGAAUCUUAUGUUGCUACUCCCUCAGUCGCAGAUUGUAAUAGAUUUUGACUUUCUGUUUAUAA